CUGCUUUACCAAAUAUCACGCGGCUUUCAUCUUUUCUUGUAAUUGCCUCGUGCUUUCCUUUGUGCUUCCCGGUUCAGCAAAUUUAGCUCUAUUAUUCAAUUCAAUUCUCGUUGAUGAUACAAAGACCUCUCGCGUUGUGUUUCAGAAUUCCUUUUGUUUUGUUGGAUAAUUUCGACUUCAACUCUCUAGCUACUUCCCAAUGGCUGCUUCUUCUUCUUCUUCUUCUUCUCAGAAGAGCUAUGAUGUCUUCCUCAGUUUCAGAGGAGACGACACCCGCAACAAUUUCACUGCCCAUCUCCUUCAGGCGUUGCGCACCAAAGGAAUCAACACUUUCUUUGAUGAGGAUAAGCUCGAGAAAGGUCGAGUCAUAUCCCCUGCACUCAUUACAGCUAUUGAAAACUCCAUGUUUUCUAUCAUUGUUUUGUCGGAAAACUAUGCAUCUUCUAGGUGGUGCUUGGAGGAGAUGGUCAAGAUACUAGAAUGCAAUAGAUCCAAGGAGGAGAGGGUUCUACCAAUUUUCUACAACGUGGAUCCAUCAGAUGUGCGGAAUCACAGGGGAAAAUUUGAAGAAGCCUUGGCUAAACAUGAAAAGAAUUUGGAGAACCGGGAGAGGGUGAAAAUUUGGAAGGACGCUCUGACUGAAGUUGCAAAUUUAUCUGGCUGGGAUUCAAGGAACUGGAAUGAGUCUCUGCUAAUCAAAGAAAUCGUUGGGAAACUUUUGAAGAAGUUGUUAAAUACAUCCACAAGUGAUAUUGAAGAGAACCUGGUUGGAAUACAGUCCCGCAUUAAAAAACUGAGAAUGCUAUUGCAAUCAGAUAAUGUUUGGAUGGUAGGAAUUUGUGGUAUAGGCGGAAUAGGGAAAACAACCCUUGCUAGAGCUAUUUAUAGCCAAAUUUCCGACCAAUUUCAAGCUGGCUCCUUUCUUGAAAUUGAAAAUGAUUUCAAAGAGCAUGAUUUAACCGGUUUAGCAGAAAAACUUCUUUCUCAAUUAUUGGAGGAAGAAAAUCUCAAAAUAAAAGGAUCUAUUUCUAUAAAAGCAUGGCUCCACUCAAGAAAGGUCCUUAUUGUUCUUGAUAAUGUGAAUAAUCUAAACAUAUUGGAACAUUUAGCCAGAAAUCAAGAUUGGUUCGGUUAUGGAAGUAGAAUUAUUGUAACUACUCGAGAUAAAAGUUUGCUAAUUCAACAUAAAGUCGCUUGUUAUGAGGUUGCAGAAUUUAAUGUUGGUGAAGCUUUGGAGUUCCUCAAACAUUAUUCAUUAAAACAUGAACUUCUUGAAAAUGAUUUCAUUGAGCUUUCAAAAGAAGUAAUACGAUAUGCUCAAGGUCUUCCAUUGGCUCUCAAAGUUUUAGCUUCUUUUUUAUUUAGCAUGAGCAAAGACAAAUGGAGAGAUUACUUAGACAAACUAAAAGGUACUCCUAAUAUGAAAAUUCAGGAAGUACUUCAAAUAAGUUAUGAUGGGCUAGAGGAUAAUGAGAAGAAUAUAUUUUUGGAUAUUGCAUAUUUCUUUAAAGGAGAGGACAAAGAUCAUGUGGUGGAAAUACUAAAGGGUUGUGGCUUCUUUACAGAUUGUGGAAUAGAAACUCUCAUUAACAAGUCUCUCAUAACUAUUAAUUUUCCUAACAAGUUGGAGAUGCACGACUUAAUACAAGAAAUGGGUAAGGGUAUUGUUCGCCAAGAAUGUCCAAAAGAGCCUGGAAGACGAAGUAGAUUGUGGGAACAAGAAGAUAUCUUUAAUGUGUUGAAAGAAAAUAUGGGAAGUGAAAAAAUUGAAGGCAUUUUCCUCGACUUGUCUCAUUUAGAAGAUAUACUAGACUUCACCACUGAAGCCUUUGCUGGGAUGAAAAAACUUAGAUUGCUCAAAGUCUAUAAUUCUAAGAGUAUUUCAGGAGACUUCGAAGAUACCUUUAACAACAAAGUGAAUUGUAGAGUGCGGUUUGCCCAUGAAUUUAAAUUUUGUUCCAAUGAUUUGAGGUACUUAUAUUGGCAUGGAUACUCUUUGAAAUCAUUACCAAAGGAUUUCAGCCCAAAGCAUCUUGUUGAUCUCAGUAUGCCUUAUAGUCACAUUAAAAAACUUUGGAAAGGAAUCAAGGUUCUUGAAAGCUUAAAAAUCAUGGAUCUCAGCCACUCCAAGUACUUGACACAAACUCCAGAUUUCUCAAGGAUCACCAACCUUGAAUGUCUAGUUUUAGAAGGUUGUAUAAAUUUGCGUAAUGUUCACCCAUCACUUGGAGAUUUGAAGAAGCUAAAUUUCUUGAGUUUAGAAAAUUGCAAAAUUCUUAGAAGGCUUCCAAGCAGGAUUUGGAAUUUGAAAUCUCUUCGAACAUUAAUUCUUUCUGGUUGCUCCAAAUUUGAAGAAUUUCCAGAGAAUUUUGGGAACUUAGAAAUGUUGAAGGAGCUUCACGAAGAUGGAACUGUGGUAAGAUCACUACCCCCUUCCAAUUUUUCCAUGAGAAACCUUAAAAAGUUGUCUUUCCGUGGAUGUGGACCAGCAUCUGCCUCAUGGUUGUGGCCAAAAAGAAGUUCAAAUUCUAUUUGUUUCACGGUACCUUCUUCCUCAAACUUGUGCUCUUUAUGGAACCUAGAUUUAAGUUACUGCAAUAUAUCAGAUGGAGCAAAUCUUGGUAGCCUUGGCUUCUUAUCUUCACUUAAAGAGUUAAAUUUAAGUGGAAACAACUUUGUCACUUUGCCUAACAUGGGUGGACUUUCUCACCUGGGAUGGCUUGAGUUGGACGAUUGUAAAAGACUGCAGGCACUUCCACAGUUUCCAUCUUCACUUGAAGUAUUAUAUUUAAGUGGAAACAACUUUGUCACUUUGCCUAACAUGAGUGGACUUUCUCACCUAAAAUGGCUUUGGUUGAGAAAUUGUAAAAGACUACAGGCACUUCCACAGCUUCCAUCAAGCAUGCGUACUUUAAAUGCAACAGAUUGCACAUCAUUGGGAACAACUGAAUCAUUCAACUUGCUGAGGCCGUGGGAACUCGAAUCCCUAGAUUCUAACGUCGCUGUUAUGAUUUCCGGGAGUAGAAUACCAGAUUGGAUCAGGUAUCAGAGCUCGGAGAAUGUAAUUGAAGCAGACCUACCUCUAAAUUGGUCUACCAACUGCCUGGGUUUUGCAUUGGCUCUUGUCUUCAGUAGCCAGCCACCUGUCUAUCAUUGGUUAAUGGCAGAAGUUUUCUUGGACUUUGGCACAUAUUGCUGUUCUAUCAAAACUCAAUGUUUUUUCCAUCCUGAAGGGGAUAAUUGUGAUCAUGUGCUUCUGAGAUAUGUAGCAGUUCAACGCUCACUCAGUCCGCAUCAAGUCAUUCACAUCAAGGCUACAUUUGAAAUAACCUACGGGACCAAUUAUGAAAUUAAGAGAUGUGGGUUAGGUUUACUGUAUGUUAAUGAAGAGGUGAAUUGCAACAAUGUGCCUCCCCCUAAUGAGUCAACUCUUGUCCUUAAAGAAAUCUCUGCGGGGGAACCCAUUGAAUGUGAGGAUAUGACCAUGACUCAGAAUCAGAGGAAACCCACCGACUCAUUCUAUGUCUUCCUCUGAAUCCCACUUUUACUUUUGGAUUGCUUUUCUUUGUGGGAGUGCUUAUGGGAAUAGCCUUCGUAACCAAAAGGGAAACGUAGGAGACGUGAAAAAUAAAAAAUAGAAAACCCUUUUCAUCUGAAUUGGAGAUUUCGGCCACAGAACUGCUUGAUCAUUUCUGGUCCAAAAGUAAGCCCUAAGAUCUGGUGGGAUUCAUGAUGCUGAUUUCAGAGGUGUGGAGGCAUUAUGAUUUGCUGAUUUCAAGCCCUGAGGACCUGGAUUCAAAUCCUAAUAUGGCAUCAUAUGACUCUGGUGAAAGAAGGAAAGAGAAGAAAAAGAUGUGGGGAUGAGAAUCUAAAACUACUGCAUAAAAUGAAAAUGAAGAGCCUGCUGUAUAUUGGAGUGCCUUCUGUAGAAUCCAAGUCCAUUGGUUUUGGUUUUUCUGCUUCUUGUGAACUCUGCCCUGUUGAAGAGCCUUCUGAAUGCAUCAUCGUUGAACUGCUUUCUUCGCUGUCUGUAUCACUUGGUACCUGUUUCCUUCUUCCUGAACAUUGUUCCCAGUUGAAGAAUCCAGUGACAGUCUCUUUGCUGGAAUACUUUCUUCAUCCUCUGGGUCCAUUGGUCCUUGUAUACUCUUUCCCUAUUGCAUUCUUCUUUUUCAUUUUUGUUUUUUCAUUCUUGUUAUAGUCCACUGCUGAAAACAAAUACUGUUUCAAGCUAUUUGGGUUGUCAAGCUGCAUUAAGUGCAUUGGCUGCUCAUUCAAUUGAUCCCGGUGAAGCAGAAAGACAAGUUCUUGGCAUUAUCUUAGGGCAAGGUCAACAAAUGACUGGAUGAUUAUUUACAAUGGGUUGUUGAAAGUCAGAGACUUAGUCUCCCCAAGGAAAUGGCCGAGUUCCCUUCUAGGCAAAAUUCACAAAGGGGCAUUUUCAACCUGGAUUAAGGCAGUAUUGAAGCAUUAAAUAUGUUGCUUUUGCGCAACUUGGAUGCAUAAAAAAGGUUGAAGAAGAUAAAUCAGCUUUUGAGGUUCAAGCGAAGGUUGAUCUUUAAGCGAAAGUCUACCUUGACCCAGUCAUCAUUGCAGAAAUCCAAGCUUGACCCAAAGUUGAAGGGCAUUGCAGCAAAGUCUCCUCAUCUUUGUAUCUACACCUUGAACCACGAGCCUUUACUCUACUUAAUGUCUUUUUUUUUUUCUCAUAUGUAUACCUACCCGGUAUAAGCUUUAUAUGAUCAUCUCCGUUUCCCUCCUGACUUAUAAUAUUUAUAUAAUAUUUUUAACAAUUUUCCUUAUCA